GCCAUUUUGUCUUGUGAUGUGAAUGCGUUGUAUUGCUGUAGCUGUAACAAUUUUGUAUGUCUGUCUAUUUGUAACUCAGGACGCGAUAAAAUUAAUCUAGGUGUGAACUUUUUGUGUAAACGAUGUCUUUAUUAUUGUAAGCAGGUGAUCUAGUGACUACAUAAAUAUCGUAGGUUACAACCGCAGCCAUGAGUGUCAUCAUUAGACUGCAGAACCUCCCAUGGUCCGCGAAUGCUCUGGAUAUUAGGAAUUUCUUUCGCGGGCUCUCCAUUCCUGAAGGAGGAGUUCACAUCGUAGGAGGAGAACUCGGGGAUGCGUUCAUUGCCUUCAGUACGGACGAAGACGCGCGUCAAGCGAUGAUGCUGGACGGCGGUAAGAUCAAGGAGAUUCAAGUGAAGCUACUUCUCAGCUCUCGGUCUGAAAUGCAUAAGGUGAUCGAGACCGCCCGCCAGACCGUGCCUAUCCUCAGCCUCACGGCGUCGGCCCCCGCCCCCGCUACACCCGCGCCCGUCGCACCCCCUGUCCAACCAGUAGCCCCCGUCAUCCCACAAAUCACCCCCUUCUCCGCUGCUUUGGGCAACAAUCCCUUGGGCUUCGGAAUACCAGGCAUCGGCAACCCUCAAGAAAUCCCCCAACCUGCCGUCAUAGAACCCCCUGCUCCUAUGGUCAGCCCUUCCGCCAACGUGUCCCCGCAAGAGGAAAACAAUGAGCCAGAAAGGAAACGCAGCAGAGAAAAGGACAGAAGGCGAUCCAGAUCCCGCUCCAGGUCCAGAGAUAGGAAGGACAGGAAGAGAGACCGCAGAGAUAGGUCGAGAUCCAGAGAGCGGAGACGGCGAGACCGGAGCCGCAGCAGAGAGCGCAGAGAUCGAAAGAGAGAUAGGAAAGAGCGUAGUCGAUCUCGAGAUAGGUCCCCGUCGCGCCGAUCCCGCGACAGGCGCGACAGAAAUCCCAGAGAGUCACUCGAAAAGGCAAACAAUGACUCUCCAUUUGAGAAUGCUGUGGCUCCACCGGCUCCCGCUAUUGGAAACAUGAUGAAUGCUAUGCCUGGACAACAGUCGCCGAUAGUGAACGCAAUGGUCCUAAACGGCCAGUUGCCUACACAGGAUGCGCAACAGAACCUGUACAACGACCCAGGAAUAGCAGACGCGUUCAGUAAGCUGCAAGAGCUCGGUAAAAAGCGCAAUCCCAACGCUUUCCAAGGCGAACAGCCCAAUGGGAACGGCAGCAGGUUCCAAGGCGCCCGUGGCGGAGGCAACAGCUUCCGCCGCGAAGGCCGACCCUCGCGUUUUGAUAACACUGAGAAUGCACGAGAUGUGUGCGUCGCUGUGAGAAAUGCGCCUAAUCACACCAGCUAUGGCGAUGUAAGGCGAUUUUUCCCAUUCUUGAUCGAUAAGCACGGAAUUAAGAUGAUUAAUGAUAAUAUGGGCCGCAGAACAGGGAACAUAUACGUUAAAUUCUGCGAUCCCCGGUCAAAACAGCUCGCGUUGCAGCGCAGAAAUAAUGUGUUGAAAGAUGUUCAGGUCACUGUGGAGUCAUUACCAGACGACGCGUAUGACGCGGCCGUAGAUUCCUUCCUUCCUUAUCGCGAGGAGAAUGAUGAUGAGGAACCAAUACUCAUUAUGACCGACAAUGAUUCACGAACACCGCCGAGCGUACUCAAGCUAACAGACCUACCUAACUUUGUCAAAGAACACGACAUCAUAAAAUCCUUCAGCGAAUUCUCUCUAUUAUCCAUUACUUUAAACGACUGCCGCGCAACACGCACAAAAACGGCAUUCGUGCAAUUCGCAAAGUCAGAGGAUGCGAAAGCUGCUUUCGAUAAGAAAGAUAGAUAUCUAUUCGGUAGACGCCAUCCCACUAUAACACCGCUGACUAUGGAGGAAUUUGAAAAAGAGAAAAAUGUUGAAAAGAUGCCCGAACAAUCACCAAUGCAAGCGGUCAAAGAGCAGGCGCCAGAACCGUUGGUGCCCCGGGACCCGCGUCAGAGGCGGCCGCAGCUCGAGGACAAGAGUCCCCAAGCCAAGCCUCAGAUGCAAGCCGGGCCCCAGGCCGGCGGGCCUCAAUUUUUUGGGACGCCCUUUGUUCAGCAACAGAACUUCCCAGGUUCGUUUGUACCUAAUCAGUUCGGAGGAUACCCUGCAGGGUUAGAUCCGCGCGUAGCCGCCGCUAGUUGGGCCGCGCGGCCCGGCUUCUCCGACCAGAUGGCCACAAUGCAGAUGGCCAGCUCCGGCGUGGCGCACACUGACGCCGACGACGAGCCGCUGGAUUGCGUCCUCAUGAAGGGUCUCCCGCGGGAAGCCACAGAUCGCACCAUCGUUAGUUUCCUGUCCGACACGGGCGCCGUGCCGUCCAGAAUACACCUCAUGUUGGACGGCAAUGGCUUACCUUCUGGGGACUGUUUCUGCGAGUUCAGAUCUACUCAAGAAGCACGGAUGGCUGCCACCAAGCACGGGUCGAACUUGGAAGGAUGUCGCGUCACGGUGGACCUGGUGACGCGGACGGUGGUCGAGGAAGCUCUGGAAGGUCCCAAGCAGCCGGAGCCGAUGAGCAUCCUGGGGAAUGUGCCCGCGUUGCCUCAGUUUUAUGAAGUGCCGCAAAACGGCCCACCUCGCGGAGGUUACAUGGGGCGAGGUCCUUACAGAGGUAGAGGGGGAUUCGAUUCGAACAGAGGUUUCGAUUCUAAUAGAGGUUUCGAUUCCGGCAGAGGUUUCGAGAGAGGCGGUUACAGAGGCGGCUUCGACAGUUCAAGAGGGAACUAUAGAGGCCGAGGCGGAUUCGACAGAGGCGGGCGAGGCUUCGAUCGGGGCGGCCGCGGGCGCGGGUUCAGUCGCGGCCGCGGCGGCUACGAGGCCCGCGGGUACGAGAACGGGCGCGAGGAGGAGCCCGACCCGGCGCUGGAGGACUUCGGCGCGCCGGGCUGCGUGGUGUCGAUGGAGAACGUGCCGUUCCGCGCCAGCAUCGACGACAUCAUGAACUUCUUCAGCGAGUUCGAGCUGACGCAGGACGACGUGAUCCGGCGCUACAACGAGCGCGGGCAGCCCACGGGCGACGCGCGCGUUGCGUUCCGCACGCCCUUCGACGCGCAGCGCGCAGUCAAGACGCGCCACAUGGACACCAUCCACGAGCGCCGCAUCACGCUCACCAUCUUAUAGCCUUGUGUGGGACGCUCGUGUGACAAUUCGGACGACUGUGUAUCUAUAGAUUAGUGAAAGUGUCGAUGUCAAAUUGUCCGAAUAUACUGUGGACCCACCGUGAAUUUGGGAAAGACGAAUCACCUUGUGCGAUUACGAUUGCAGUUAUUAGAUUUAACGUUAGAAUUAUCAAGUAAACUGUAAAGUAUGAAGGUACUUUCAAUAAAAGUCAUUACAUUUGUAAUUUAA